GUGAGAGAAACCAGAUGUGGAUGAGAAAGAACCAACGAAAACCCCAAUUGCUGCUGCUGCUGAUGUGAUUAUUCUCUCUCGAAUUCCUCAACGAAUCCACCGGACUUUCAACACUAAAUCUAUCGCACCGAUCAAAUUCAGUCACAGAUUGUUCGACGAUCGUUACUCUUAUCCAUAACUACCGAUGGUGAUGAACGGACACGAUGACGCUACAGAUUCGUCGGAGUACAGCCACAUUAGGAGACACCAUAAGCAUGAAGUUAGAGCCAAUCAGUGCACUUCAUCUCUCGUUAAACAUAUCAAAGCGCCUGUUCAUCUUGUAUGGUCUUUGGUGAGGAGGUUUGAUCAACCACAAAAGUACAAACCCUUUGUGAGCGGGUGUUACGUGCAAGGUAACCUUGGAAUCGGGAGUGUGAGAGAAGUAUGUGUUCGAUCUGGGCUUCCAGCUACCACGAGUAUGGAGAGGUUAGAGCUUCUCGACGAAGAGGAACAUAUCUUGGGCAUAAAAAUAGUCGGCGGUGACCACAGGCUUCGGAACUACUCGUCAAUUAUGACACUUCAUCCAGAGAUUAUCGACGGGAGGCCAGGGACUUUGGUGAUUGAAUCGUUCGUGGUGGACGUGCCAGAUGGCAACACGAAAGAUGAGACGUGCUACUUUGUGGAGGCUCUCAUUAAAUGCAACCUUAAGUCGUUAGCUGAUGUAUCGGAGCGUUUGGCUGUGCAGGACAGAACAGAACCCAUAGUUGGCGUGUGAUUCUAGUGGAAGUACAAGUUAGUUGUAGACUGGUCAAAGUCCGUGUUUGUGCAUAUAGCAUUAGAGACUUUCUUGCUAAAUUGAUGGGGUGUGUUUCGUAAAUCAUGUUUCUGUUUUCGAACAUCAUGUUUGACACUCAUUGUCGUGUUCUUUGUCUUUGUACUUGUUGUUAAGCCGUUUUUUUGUGUGAAUACAAAUAAAUAGAAUAGGAAGUUUUGCA